UGGGCAAAUCACAGUUUGCUUCCAGAGAUAAACAUGUGCCACGGACCAUGGUUCUUCACGGAUUCAGACUUGAUUAGAUUUUGCUUUUUCCAGUUUUAAAUCACAUAAUAUGUGUUAGGGAUAUCAAAGGACACACUCAAGGAGACGUGCUUUUGGAGAGAGCGCAAGUUUGAAGACCAAGUUUGGAGACCAGACGCAACCUGGAGUGUCGAGUGCCACCACAACAACAAAAACAACUUUAACAACCACAAAAACAUCGAGGAGAUUUUUAAGAGGAUCUCAAGAUGAAUGACACCGAAGACUUUUGCAAAAACAACCAAACAGGGAACAUGACUGACCCGUCAUGUGUGAAACCAACUCCCGUUUCUCACAGCCAGGUCGACAUCGCCACUUUCAUGCACAUAUUGCCUUCCAUUUAUGGCAUCCUGUGUUCAGUGGGAGUUAUAGCCAAUGGACUGGUCAUCUACGCGGUAAAGGCAUGCAAGAAGAAAAUGGUAUCAGACAUCUACGUGCUGAACUUGGCAAUAGCCGACAUGCUGUUCUUGCUGGUGAUGCCGUUCAACAUUCACCAGCUGGUCAGAGACAGGCAGUGGGUCUUUGGAAACUUUAUGUGCAAAGCGGUGGUGGUGGUGGAUGUCAGCAACCAGUUUACCACAGUGGGAAUUGUGACUGUGUUGUGCAUUGAUCGGUACAUAGCUAUUGUCCACCCCACCUCCGAGAAGAGGACCAUCCAGUGGACCAUCAUCAUCAACUUGCUGGUGUGGCUGGGCAGCAUGCUCCUCACCGUCCCCGUCAUGCUGUACGCUAAGGCCGUGCGCAGGCAGCAAUUUGAGAUGUGCAUAAUGGACCUGGAAGGGCCUGAGGACAUGUACUGGUACACUCUGUACCAGUCUAUCCUGGGCUUCAUCAUCCCCCUCUUCAUCAUCAGCACAUUCUACUCUCUCACCCUCUACCAUGUCUUCAGCUCCAUCCGCCGCGUCAAGCGCAAGCAGUCCGUUUGGGCUAAACGAGCCACCAAGAUGGUCCUUAUGGUCAUCGCCCUGUUCCUGAUCUGCUGGUCGCCCUACCACGUCAUUCAGGUGAUCAACCUGAGCAACAACAACCAAAAUAUCGCCUUCGUCUACGCCUACAACAUCAGCAUCUGCCUCUGCUACUCCCACAGCUGCAUCAACCCGCUCAUGUUGCUUAUCUUCGCCCAGAAUUACCGCGAGCGUCUUUGCUCCAGGAACGUGCUCUACAGCUCCCAGCACUCCUCCAAGGUCACGGUGGUCAAAACGGACGGCUCCAGUACGACCAACGACCCCAAUUACCGCUGUACUGUCAUCUAAUCAGAGUGGACUUUUUUUGUACAUACACCUGUUGAUGUUCUCCCCCAAUAAGGAAGUAGCUUGUGGUCUGUGAGCUCAUGUCUUUGCAGCUUUUUCCAAACGUUUGGAAGUUGAUACCUUUCGAAAACAAAACAAAAACAACUGGCUAUGAAGCUUUAGCAUAAAAGUCAAACGUGCGUAAGUCAAAUGUAUUUUAAAAGUGAAAUUCUUUUUUUAAAUUUGCAGUUCAAUAUGCACUUACUCACUCAUAUUUCAUUACCUACACUCAUGAUGAUAAUAUAUAUAUAAUAUAUAUAUAUAUAUAAAUUUGACGGUAAUAUGUUAUAAUGUAAUAUUUGUAGUUAUGUUUUUCUACACAGUGUUUUAAAUCAUUGAGUGAUUGUUACUAUGUAUUUAGUUUUAUUUAAGGAUUAAUAAUGUUUGUAUUAUAUUUUUCACCUACAACUUGAGCACAUCUGAGGUAUCACACACAUGCUUGAGGUCCAGCCACUGACUCUUGCCAAUUUGUUUUCCUUUUUUUGAAAUGGUCAUUUUAUUAUCUGAUGGAUGGGACCCCAGAUUUGACUUUUAUGUAUUUUUGGUGUAGUUUCUCUGUUUUCUUUCCAUCUUAUAUAUUUUCCUUUUUCAGUUAUGGAUACAAACAGAUUAAUACACAUACACCCUACAUAACCACUCUUAGCAAUGGAAAGUGUCUUUUUCUUCUUCUUCAAUAAAUAGAAAAAGAAACUGCUCAGACGAAGGUUGGACUGCUCAAAAGGAAAAUGGCUGUUUCUGAGCCUACAGGGAAUAUCAGCACUGACUUUCAAAGAUGCACAGACGAGAAAGGACUCUGUGGGAGCAGCUGAAGUGUGAAUCUAUUCCCUUUUGGACUGACAGCUUUCAUUAACCUUUAUCUACUUCAGGGCGCAUCAAGUGUCGUGCUGGUUACUGACAACACUGAAGUGCAGCCUUUGAGAUCAGUCACUGACAAACAUUAGCAUGGUCAGAUGGAUAUGUUUAGAAUUUCUUAUUAUCAGCCAGCAUCCUAAGGGCUCACCAUGAAAUUAAAUUCCACUUUACAACAGUUGUUUGGUUUUAUCUUUACUCAUUGUGACGUCCUUAGACUGUGCUAUAAAUUAAGGGCUUAUACAUUGGCAUAUUGAUGGCUGAUAAAGAAUGCAAGCCAAUAAUAAAAGCUCAUAGUGGGAUUUCAGGUUGUAAAUGUAUCAUUCACUGGUGUUUAUCUUUUCUAUUUGAUAAGAAUGAAGUUAAUAAUGUUUAC